GGGACGCGAAGUGAAGCCGUGCUGAGCGACGUACGGCGAGUGGGCGGUGGGUGCUGGCCUUUGCGGAAGGUUCAUGGGCGGUGGCCGAGGUUUCUGUUGGCCUGAAGCACCUUUGCGCGGUAGUGCUAGAGGUGGACGACCAUCGUACUGCGGGCGAGCUGCUUGUUGAGUCGAAUGACCAGCAGGAGCAAAUUGCUGAGGCGCAGGCGCAGGCGCAGGCGCGCGGACAUGGUCUUCGUUGCCGUCGGAUGGCAAGUCGGGAAUGAAGGCAGAAGUGCCACGUCUGCCUUUACAUGUCGACAAGGUGCGGGGAGGCUCGAUAAAUUCUCCACCACUCUCAUCGCCAUCAUCAUCCGAAUCUUCGCUUGGCUUGGAAAUUUCGGCAAAGCCAGCCCGUUUGGGUGUACUGGGCUUGCCUUGAGGAGCACCGGUGGCAGAAGAUGUGGAAGCGGGAUUAGGGCUGCGGUCCAGAGGGCUGACCGCUUGAGCCAACGCCGAGAGUUGAGACCGCUGGGCAUCGUUGGUCGCGCACACAGAGUAGCCUGGCAUAAAUGGAGAGCUGGACUGCGGAGGAGGUGGCUGCGAGCUUUGCUGUUCGUGUGUAGAGGCGUGGCUGUAGGGCUGUUGCAAGCCUGCUUGAACAGAAGCCUGCGAUUCGAAAGCCGCUCUCAUGAGCUCAUGAUCAAUACCCGCUGGCGCCCCGUCCUCCUCGAAGCGGGCUCGACGAGGAGAAGAAUUGGCGCGAGGGCGAGACAUGCUUGGGGAUUGCUGAGGGGGGGUGCAGCGUGAGAUUGUGUGUAGUGAGGAUGUACGGUGGCACUUGGCCUGUUGCGUAAAGAGCGUAGAUGCGGUAAAGUGCAAGGAAGGAGCUCCUGCGUGGAUGCGGAAUCGGCGACAACAAGUGACGAUGGGCUAAAAGGAGAGCGAGUCGAGCCAGCCGACUGCUACCUGCUUGUUGUGGAUGGCUUGCGACAAGGGGCAAAGAGCUGUGUGAAUGCUAUGAAGGUAAUGAUAAAUGGCGACGUCCAAUCCAGGGACGGAUGAAGCUGGCAAGAUGCAAUG